AGCCAGGGGACCAUCUAGGGUGGGCUUCCCAGACUGGGGUCCCCUUCAAGGCAGUGAGGGCUUUUCUGUCAUUGUACGGCGCAGGGAAUCAGCCCCGGGGUGACCCUUUCUCUGUGUCCUGCUCCAGACCCACGGCAGAGGCGGCUGGCUCCAGAGACAAAGGGAAGGCCGGCUUCGUGGCUACAGCUAGUCCAGGCGCUCCUUCAGACCCCUGUGUGGGAGCUACGGCUGGUGUCACCUGCCUCAGCCCCUGCAGAGCCAGAGGACAUCCCGUCAGAGGCCUCAGCUCUGAGGCAAGGCCCCAAGCUGGAGCCCCAUGAGCCCUCGGGCAUGGGGCCAGGAGCAACUGCCGUAAUGGUACCAGGCCUUGCAGAGCCAGAGCCAUGUCCAGACCCCAUGAGCCCCUGGGACAUCCCAGGAGUGGUCUCAGCCCCGGUGCCAGGCCCCGAGCUGGAGCCCCAUGAGCCCCCGGGCCUGGGUCCCGUGGCACCUGCAGGAAUGGCACCGGGCCUGGCAGAGCCAGAGGCGGACCCGGAGCCCACCAGCGACUGUGUCGCGAUCACCCGGGACAUGCCAAGGACGAAGGAGCAGACCAUCCUGCAGUUCCCCGCCCACCUGGUGGCCGAGCAGCUGACCCUGAUGUGUGCGGAGCUGUACAGCAGGAUUGAAUACGGCGAAUGCAAGGCCUACUUAGACAGCCAGCCACUGAUGGAAGGCACUGAGCUCCUGGCCCCCAACGUGCAAAUGGUCAUCAGGCAAUUCGAUGCCAUGGUUACCUUGGUCAUCUCCUCCUGCCUCGGGACCGUGACCAUGAUGGCCCAGGACAGGGCCCAAGUGGUGGAGUUCUGGAUCCGGGUGGCUGAGGUGUGUCAUGGGAUGGCCCCUGGGAUCCCUCCUUUGCCAGCUCUCAGGAUGGUUGUCUGCGGUCUGCCCUGAAUGGUCACUGAGCCCCUCGUGCCAGGGGCAUGAGGAUGUGGACUCGCAGGCUCCGGGGGUGGGACAGCCAUGCCUGGCCCCUUCCUUGGGUUGAGCUACAGUCCUCCACCCAGGAGGGCUGCCCAGCAGGUACCAGGUGUGCUGGGCUCCCUGGGUGUCUGUCUCCUUAAGGACAGGAGUUCAUGGGGGGACAGAGCAGAGAAGCAGGCCAGGCUCUCAGCUCUGUCUUCCCUCCCAGGAGUGUCUGGCCCUCAAGAAUUUCGCUGCCCUCUGUGCCAUUCUCUUGGCCCUGCGGAGCCGUCCCAUAGGUCGUCUGGAGAGCACCUGGGGACGUGUUUCCUGGUGGGUAGUCCUGUCCCUGGGACCAGGGCACCUGAGUGGACAGGGACACCCCUACAUCUUGCAGUGUCCCUCAGUGGGCUGGGACUUCCUGGGAGGCAGCAGAGCCAGGGGCAGGGAUGGCGGGCUCUUGGGGCCCCCUGUGGGUUAGGCCAGGGUUACCCCUGCAGGAAUCAGUUUCCUGCAAUGUCAGGUGUGGGUUGAAGCCCAUUGGAGAUCUUGAG